AUGAAGCAAAGAAUUAGUGCCCUAGAUUUACUGCUGUUGGCUAGAGAGCUGAAACAGGAUUUGGAAGGCUACCGAUUGAGUAAUAUAUAUAACAUUGCCGAUUCCUCAAAACAAUUUUUGCUGAAAUUUAAUAAACCAGAUUCUAAACUCAAUGUUGUUGUCGAUUGUGGCUUAAGAAUUUACUUAACUGAAUUUAGUAGGCCAAUACCUCCAACUCCUUCCGGCUUUGUUGUCAAACUAAGGAAGCAUCUUAAAGCUAAACGGUUAACAGCUUUAAAGCAAGUAGACCAGGAUAGAAUUCUUGUUCUACAAUUUGCUGAUGGCCACUUCUAUUUAGUUUUGGAAUUUUUCAGUGCAGGGAAUGUCAUUCUUCUAGAUGAGAACAGAAGAAUUAUGGCUUUGCAAAGAGUCGUUCUAGAGCAUGAAAAUAAGGUCGGACAAAUUUAUGAAAUGUUUGACGAAUCACUUUUUACCACAAAUAACGAGUCUGCUGAUGAAUCCAUAGAAAAAAACAGAAAGGCAGAAUACACCUCUGAACUAGUCAACGAGUGGAUAAAAGCAGUUCAAGCCAAGUAUGAAUCAGACAUUACUGUUAUUAAGCAACUUAACAUUCAAGGGAAGGAGGGCGCUAAAAAAAAAAAAGUGAAAGUACCUUCCAUCCAUAAACUGCUGCUUUCGAAAGUCCCUCAUUUGUCUUCAGAUUUAUUAUCAAAGAACCUUAAGGUAUUCAAUAUCGACCCUUCAGAGUCUUGUUUAAAUCUUUUGGAGGAAACAGACUCACUCGCCGAAUUGCUAAACAGUACUCAGUUAGAAUAUAAUCAACUUUUAACUACCACCGAUAGAAAGGGUUACAUUUUGGCCAAAAGAAAUGAAAAUUAUAUCUCUGAAAAAGAUACUGCCGAUUUGGAAUUUAUUUAUGAUACAUUCCAUCCCUUUAAGCCAUAUAUAAAUGGGGGAGACACUGACUCUUCUUGUAUCAUUGAAGUUGAAGGUCCUUACAAUAGGACGCUAGACAAAUUUUUCUCAACAAUAGAAUCCUCUAAGUAUGCUCUACGUAUACAAAAUCAGGAAUCGCAAGCGCAAAAGAAAAUCGAUGAUGCUCGUGCCGAAAAUGAUAGAAAAAUACAAGCUUUAUUAGACGUCCAAGAACUAAAUGAAAGGAAAGGCCAUCUCAUAAUUGAAAAUGCACCCUUAAUAGAGGAAGUUAAGCUUGCUGUUCAGGGUCUAAUCGAUCAACAAAUGGACUGGAACACUAUUGAGAAACUAAUUAAAAGUGAACAAAAAAAAGGCAACAGAAUUGCUCAGCUUUUGAACUUGCCUUUGAACUUGAAACAGAACAAAAUUAGCGUCAAGCUUGAUCUCUCUAGCAAGGAACUCAACACUUCUUCAGACGAGGACAAUGAAUCAGAAGGCAAUACUACUGAUAGUUCUAGUGACUCAGACUCAGAAGACAUGGAGAGUUCGAAGGAGAGGAGUACAAAAAGUAUGAAAAGAAAAUCUAAUGAAAAGAUAAACGUUACAAUUGACCUUGGUUUAUCAGCUUAUGCCAAUGCCACUGAAUAUUUCAAUAUCAAAAAAACAAGUGCUCAAAAGCAGAAAAAAGUCGAAAAGAAUGUCGGCAAGGCUAUGAAGAAUAUUGAAGUCAAAAUUGAUCAACAAUUGAAAAAAAAGCUAAAAGAUUCUCACAGUGUCUUAAAAAAGAUCCGCACUCCUUACUUUUUUGAAAAAUAUAGUUGGUUUAUUUCAAGUGAAGGAUUUUUGGUCAUGAUGGGUAAAAGUCCGGCUGAGACAGAUCAAAUCUAUUCAAAAUAUAUUGAAGAUGAUGAUAUUUAUAUGUCCAAUAGUUUUAACUCUCAUGUAUGGAUCAAAAAUCCAGAAAAAACAGAAGUUCCACCGAACACUUUGAUGCAAGCGGGUAUACUAUGCAUGUCCUCAAGCGAGGCUUGGUCGAAGAAGAUAUCUUCUUCUCCAUGGUGGUGCUUUGCAAAGAAUGUUAGUAAAUUCGAUGGCUCUGAUAACUCCAUUCUGCCAGAAGGUGCCUUUCGGUUGAAAAAUGAGAAUGAUCAAAACCAUUUACCCCCUGCUCAACUUGUGAUGGGUUUUGGAUUUUUAUGGAAAGUGAAAACCAGUGGAAAUGAGGAUAAUGGUGAUGAUGACGAAGAAGAAGAAGAAGAAGAAGAGGAAGAAGAAGAAGAAGAAGAAGAAGAAGAAGAAGAAGAAGAAGAAGAAAAAGAAGAAGAAGAAAAAGAAGAAGAGCAACAGCAAGAUGAAGACGAUAGUAACGAGGUCAAUGGGUUAGAGAAGGGUGGAGAUUCAAACGAUAGCACGAAAAACAACAGUUUUGAACACGAUAAUCUUGAAAAAGACAUCGAAAAGCAUUGCACCAUAUCAUCCGAUACCGACUCUGAUUCUGGAAAUGCUAAAGCCAAAAAUGACAAUAGCAGUACGCAGCGUAUCCUUGAUGAACCAGGUGUUCCGAUAUCUUUAAUCGAAAACAUAAACAGUAACGUCCGUGGUAAAAGAGGAAAAUUGAAGAAAAUUCAAAAGAAAUACGCCGACCAGGAUGAAACUGAACGUCUCUUGCGUUUGGAGGCCUUGGGUACUUUGAAGGGUAUCGAAAAGCAGCAACAAAGGAAGAAAGAAGAAAUAAUGAAGCGAGAAGUUAGAGAAGAUAGAAAGAAUAAACGCGAGAAACAAAGAAGACUACAGGCUUUAAAAUUCACCAAAAAAGAGAAAGCAAGAGUGAACUAUGAUAAACACAAGUCCGAAUUAAAACCAUCUCUCGAUAAGGGCGAUGUGGUUGAUGAUAUUAUACCAGUAUUUGCCCCCUGGCCUGCGCUUUUGAAAUAUAAAUACAAAGUCAAAAUACAACCGGGAAGUGCGAAGAAAACUAAGACUUUAACUGAAAUUUUACAUUAUUUCAAGAGUAGACCACUAGACGGUUCUUCAACUGACAACGAAAUGGAUUGGCCCCAAGAACAUGAAAUGAUUAAAGGCUUGAAGGAACAGGACUUGGUUCUUCUGCUCUGUGUCGACAAGUUAAAAGUAACAAUCGCUGGGCAGAAAUCCACCAAGAACGGUGGUAACUCUUCGAAGAAGGGCAAAAAAAAACGCUAA